GGUGGACGAGUUACGUAAUUCUAAAUUUUUUGGCAGAGCGUUAUCGACGAGCUGGCCCACCAACAACAUCUCUGGCUUCCAGAAUUGCUAAUAUGAUUGCUCAUCAGUCUGCUAAUGCAGCCAAUGCAACUAACAGUAGCUCAACCUCAGCAGAGUCUCAAGAAAACAAUGUAGGAAGUGACAGAAGUGAAGCAGCAAAUUUAACACCUUCUAGGCCAUUAGACAGGUCAUAUCAGAGGCCUUUAGACAGACCUUAUACCAGACCCCUUGAGAGGGCUUCCCUGAGAAAUUCCAGCAGGUGGUUUGACAGGCCAUAUGGAAGAGUGUCGGAAAGGUGGUGCGACACAAAUUCUGAUCGUCUGCCAAGGAGGGGGUCAGACCGGUUGCACAGUAGGCACUCUGAGCGGCCACAUGGACGAAACAGUGGAAGGAAUCCGGAUAGAGCACUAGAUACCCCAUAUCAAAGAUCUUCAGAUGCUUCAAGUCCAUGGAGUGGAAUACCGCCUUCCCAACAGCCACCACCUCCAGGGCCCCCAUCAACAGCACCUCCUACUCUGUCACAGCUUGAUGAUACAGAGACACGAAGCAAUGACUUUAACAAUAAUUCUAGUCAGUGGUACAGUGCAAGACAUCGUUUAAGACCAGAUAUUUUCACUACACGGAGAGAGAUGGUAACUGGUCGCACACUUGGAAACACCAGGGACCCUGUUCGGUUGCCCAUGGCUGCACUAAGGUCUCGAAGUAUAGCAGCUGAGAGGGUAUUUUUGAGGGAGGGUUUUCGUCGUGAGAGACGGGAUCGUUACAGGCAGAUAUUACAGCGGAUGGCAGAUCGCCUUAACAGUCUGGUCAGUCAGGAGCAAGAGCACCAGCAGCACCAGCAUCAACAAAAUCAGCAAGACCAGCAUACAACAGAUGCCUCUGAGGCUGAGCAGGAUGGUGCUGGAAGCUCCAUGGAUAACCAUAUGCUAAAUUUACGGCUGUUGGUUCGACUGGCACUUCAUCUCAUUUACCAGCUACUCAACUUCAUCUGCAACCAAAAUAUAUCAUAUGAAGAACGACCCAUAUCUCGCCUUCCUAAUCCCUUCCGUGAUGAGGAGACAGGCGGUGCUGGGGAUGGGGAAAGAGGCGAUUUUCCUCCUCCUAUGGCCUUGGAUCUUGAACCAGGGUUACAUAAUCUAAGUACACUUCUUGAAACAGUGCGUAUGGCUAGUGAAGAAUUGAGAAAUGAUGGUGUUGGAGAUGCAGCUGGAGAAUCUAAUCCAUCUCAGGAGAGUACUAGACCCAUCACAAAUGUUCCUAGAAGACUUACAGAUUUCUUAAGACGGUCAGGGAACCUGGCUCAACAACAAAAUGCUAAUGGAGGAUCAGGGAGGACUGGAAGCACAAGUUUCAGAAGCAGCUCUCCAAGACCCCUUCUUGUUAUCCCUCGUAUUACAUUAAGUGAUCCUAAUGGGAGUGAGAGUCAGGUUGAAGAAGAGAAUGCACCUUCUGGUUCUACGCCUGGACCUUCUCACAGUGACCAGGCAGAUUUCAGCACAAGGUCAGUGUCAGGGGUACCUCUUCGCCUCCUUGGUCGCCAGUAUGCUGUUGAUAGACGAAGCCCAGACUCUGAAGAUUCUCCUGGCCCCCAUGAUGGAGUUCAGGAUGGGCCAAGUCAUCCAUCAGACCCACCAUUUCCAUGGAGAGGCCACUUAACUCCUUAUGAUAUAGGACUUCCCAGAGGGCCCGGUUCAGAGAUGCUUUUCCGUCCUAAUCUUCAGCGUGCACCACCUGACCGAGCAGCAGAAAGGGAAGCCGACAACUUCUUUAGUAGACCAUACUUUACACCACAUUUUGGAGCAUCCAGAACAUUAUCAGGCUCUCCAGGAUCGGGGGUAACACAUCGCAUCCAAGCUUGGGACUUUACACACUACCGCAUCCCAGAUAUCUCUGACGGGAAUGCAAAUGUGGUGGUGGGAAAAUGCAAAAUACACAAUGAUGCCAGUGUUGACAUUUCCUCUGAUGGCACCAUGUUAGCUGCCCUAGUUCCUGAGAGUCAAGCCAUGACCAUGGUUGGAGUCUACAGUUUAGAAGGUCAUUCAUUUGGUCAGCUCCUGUACAGCUACAUCUUCGCACCCAAUACCAUUUGUGUCAGUCUUUCUCCAAUGGCAAGACAUUUGGUGGUUGGGUUUGCAUCUCAUAUGCCUCGGCUUGUUGCACAUCAUAAUACAAAACAGGUUGUGGCUCAGAUUUACAAAUUGUGUGACAACCCAGUGUUCCAUAGACGAGGGCAAGCAGGACAGUUGCAGCUACUCCGUGACAUUGAAGUCAUGAAUGAUCACCGGCACACAUCACUAAACUGCAUUCGCUGGCUUCCUUACCCUGGUCAAGGUCUUAUUUAUGGUACUAACAGAGGGCAACUGAAUAUCUUGCGCUGACGGUUCUCUACGUGCAUUGGAGAUCAGCUUAAAAAGGGGGCAUGCAACAAAAACUAAAUAAAUUAUAAGGAAAUAAUCCGUAAAAUAUAAAAGACAUACGCUACAGUUAGGGGAAGGGCAGAAAUUCAUACAGUGCCAUAUGAAUCUGAGGACCAUAUCUCUUUAAAUGAGAGAGAGAAUGUCUUCUGCAUUUGAGACAUAUCUUCAGUACUGGAGAGAAGGGUAGGAUGGCUGUAUGUGGUACAGUGCAAGUGAGAAAAUUUAACAUUCCUGCUGUGGCCACAUUGUUUUUAAAGUGAGAUUUUCAGGCUCAUUUUGGAAUGAGGGAAAUUGUAUUGUUUGAGUUUUUUGUUAAUGCAAGUUAAAACUAUACAUGUGUAAAUCACUGAACAAAAAGUUUGGUUUUGUUAUGUUCAACUUUGUUUUGUUAGAAAUAUACACAAAGAAUAUCAACCAGGCAUGUCUCUUGUCUGGUAACACAUUUAUAGGGAUUUGCUACCACUGAAGCAAUGUAUUGUGAUAUUACUCUUUAUAUUUUUUUAAAUAAUAAAGAUCUUAAAUUUAUCAUAAAUAUAUACAGUAUUUGCAGGUUAUCAAAUAUGUUAGGCAAAAUUUUUUCAUGGAUUUUGGAAAGCAUAUGUAUGCCUUCAUACAUUAUUAUUGAGCAUGCAACUAUGAUUUCAUACUUGGAAUAUGUGAAGGGCAUGGGAUUUCAUUUAUUGAUAAUAUUGUGUUAUGAGUGUUUAUGCAUGUUCCUGUUUUUUUAAUACAUACCAACAAGAAACUUACUGAGCACCAGAGGUAGUAUUGAACUCAAAAAUCAAAUGCUUAAAGAAUUUUCAGGUAUUUUUCUGUGUUUGUUAAUAUUUUUUCAGUUCAAGCUAGAGUAAAGACUGGAUACAAAAAGGGAAUAUCAGAAAAAAAAUAUUUUUUUUAUAAGGGAAGAUUUAUGAAAUUGUAUCAUUUUAUCCCUUUAAAAAGUAAAUUUCGCGAAAAUUUUACUUGAGCAUUGUUAUUUUUUUGUUUCCCCUUUCUAAGAUGGUAUUUACCGGGAAGGGUUCUUGAUUUGAACAAUGAAAAAAAGCUGUAAAGUGUACUUAUAAAAUUAAUAGAAAAGUUUUUUGAAUUUUUUUUUGUUUGAUCUUUGGAGUAUAAAACUUAGCCUGCUUCCUAAUAAAAGCCAUUUUUAAUUCGUCAAUUUCUGCAAGUUUAAUAAUAACAAAAAUUAUGAAAUAGUUAUUCUAUUUUAGGUUGUUUAACCCAAAGUUACUAGAUUUUGUAUGUUAACAGCUGAAAAAAGUUCAUAAAAUCCGUUUACAUUUUAAAAACCAGUUGUUUAAUAGGGUUGCCCCUUGCACUCGCUAAGUUGGAGGAUGGGUGCAAAAAAAUUUUUCCCUAAUCACUGUUAGGUUUUUUACUCAGUUACUCUUUGAUGUUCAUAUUACACAUUUCAAAGUUUUAAAUUUUCUCUCGGGGUCAGUUUUACAUAGCCCCAAGUUCAAGCUUGCCUAAACUUUUGAAAUUUUUUAUUAGUACUUUUAAAUUUUAAAUUCUUGUCCUUAUGCUUUUUUCCCGUGUACUGCGUAUGUGAUCAUUUGGGAAAUCCCCAUCCGCAAAUGAUUUUUUUUAAUACCAUGCUUGUUAUUAAAGAACGACUAAACAAAGAGUGUGGAUUCAAAACAGAUAACCUGUAUGAGGAGACUGAAACUUUUGUUGAUUUUUAAACCAUUUGGGACUGUUAAAAAAGUAGCAGGAAGCGAGAAGGGAAGGGAUCCAGAAAUAUGGGGUUAUGGUGAGCAGGCGGAGGUAUUGAGGUAGUGGUUGCAACAGCGCUGCCAUAGUACGGGGGUAGUAGGGGUUAAAAAAUAAGGUGGGGGGUAGUGUAGUAGUAGAUGAAACAGUGACUUGUUAAUGGUCCAAGUUGGACCAAAAUGUCACUGUAAGUUUCAGUCUUAUUGAUGCAGUUUUAAAACUUUUCCCGCUAAUUUGACUUUUUUUUUUCUUUGAUGGGGGGUUUCAGUUCGGCCUUACUUACAUUGUGGCCCCAUACCCACUCAUGUGAAAAUAAUACACACUAAAUUGUUUAAUUGCAUCGAAAGUUUUUAAAUAAACUGCAGAUAAAAACAUUCUUCAUUAUUAAGCCUUAAUUAUUAUUUUAUGUUUUCCAUUUCUGAUAAAA